UUUUGGACGACGCACAUGCACGACGUAUUACCUGCGCCCGCGGCCCGCCUUGUUUGGUUCCUCCCCCCGCUAUAGUGGCCGUUAUUUGAGAGAUCGCUUCCCUCUGUUUGGACAGAUUUGGAACGGGGCGAUAAACCCAAUAGCCUACUAGAAUAUGGCCGCGAUGUAUGGCGAACUGCCCCAGCAUGAUAACGAUGACGACGACCGAAACAAUGGCCGAUCUCCUUCAUUUUCGCUCUCUCCCGCACGCUCGUCAUCACCUAUGCCUUUUCUCCCGACCGUUGAAUCGACAUUUACUCCCUUAUCGAUGGAUAGCGAUUUCUAUUCUAGCAUUGGAGGAGGAAAAGAUCGUGAUUUGGCCGAAAAUGAAUCCCAAAUAAUAAGAAGCCACAAAAAAACCAAUAGUAGCACGGCCACAAUGGGGUCCGGAGCAAGGGCCAGCGUCGGGAUUGGCCUCACCAACAUGGUCCAAUCAUUAUCGCCAGCACGAGCCACACGUAACGGUCGGAACGAAUACGGACUCGUGUCUCCUGAUACUGCUCCAUCUUCCCCUUCUUCGAGUUCGAACCCCGACAACGCUGGUUCAACCCCAGAUCCCAAUCUUGUCGCCGAGAGAAAUUCUGCAUCUAAAUAUGUUGGGACUGAUUCCCCAAACUCAAGAGCGACGAGUGGAACUUCGGGAGGAGACUCGCAGGUAAAAGAGAUAUCGUCCCUACAGCGUCAGCUGUACUCGCCGCAGCCCCUUAUCAUCAAGCCGAAACCUCUUGUUAGAACUGCUUCCACAAAAAGUGUUUCACUGCGUCAUCCCACCCCUGAUCUAAAUACCAGAUCCUCGUCUUAUGCAACUAAUAUUGCCCAAUUGGAGGCCACCGCUGAAAAGCUUUCGAUGACCUCGUCCAUUGAAGACGCCAUCCGAGAUCUGCACGAGGAACAAAAACGGAACGAUAGUCGACGGUCUUCCAUCUUGGCUGCGAGCAUCGGCUCAAUCCCCGAAAACAACGAACCAGUAUCCUUUCCGGUCACGAAACCAUUAUCCACUGCCAGUUCGAUUCUCGAAACUAAUAGUGCUGCACGCUACGGGGCUUACUCUCCAGCCGGCUUCAUGUCACCUAAUUCUUCCCUAUUAUCCAACCCGACGCGCUUAAGAUCGGGUUCCGGUACACUCGCGAGGCCUGACGUCGAAAUUGCUAGCACUGGCGCCAUGUCAAGGCACGGUCCGGGAAAAAGCUCCGUGCGGAGUGUCAGGUCCGCUUCCAAGCCAACCUUGACAGAUAUUGCCGAGAUGGAGCCCACAUCACUCACGCCAGCAGCCAUGGAUGCAGCGGACAAAUUGCCCGAGGAACCAGAAAUCGAUCAGACGUUACACAUACCACAUAUGGAGGAUGUUGACCUCACACCUAAUGCAGAACAAUACGGCAAAUCGGGUGGCUAUGAUUAUUGGGAUCAAGCUGUUGCUGAAACUCAAAAGGGUCAAGGGACUCAUGACGAAAACGACAGGCCGCCGACGGCCGCUGGAUCUACUGGUACUUUUGAACAGGCCGAGCAAGCUUUCGCGAAUUUCGAUGGUGCCCAUUGUCCAUCGGAUGUCGAUUUGGAGGAAUCGCUAUUUAUGCCUUCGUCUUCGAAUUGGCCGCCAGCAGAUGCUCCGUUCUUGCGGCCUUUCGACUUGGAACCUUCUAGGGAUGAAGAGGAGCCGGAUCGUUCGAGGCCUGUUAUAUCGGGUCCAAUCGGCCCACCAACUGUGAGACCAAAGUCAUACUUAGAUCCCGAGACUGGCGAGACGAUGCUCUAUUAUCCAGCUCGCGUUCCGUUAAUGCUCAAUUUGCCACAAAAGCUGUCCAAGAAACCGAAGGCUGAAGUACGGGAGACACGUAGAUCUCAGAUCCUGGAUAAGAUGGCUGGAGGAGACCGCAAAUCUGGUGCUACUUGGUUACCAGAGUAUCUUCCGGAGCCUGCGUUUGAACCAUUGGGACCCAAUUCCGACUCUUUCACUCCAGCACCUCCUACUGGUCCUGGUGCGGAAUCACAUAUACGGCCGGUUUCAAACGACCAGCGCGAACCCGAGGGCCAGCCUACCGCCGAGCCUGGAUUGACGGAUGAAGCACGCAAGUCUCGCAUAUCAGUUCUUAACCAAGACAAACGGAAGUCGAAAGUUCCUAACUUGGAUGGUUUACCGCCACAACUUCGCGCAAGCGCCUUUUUCGACUUGCCUUCUGAGGUGCCAACUAUUCAGCUUAAAGAUGGCUCCGCAAUGGCGACUCUCGAUAGUAUUCUAGACGCAUCAGCGAAGGCACCCGUAUCCGCUUUUACCGACCACGCUUUCGCUGGAUCUUUAGGGUCUGAGGUUUAUGGCGUCGAAAAGAAGCGCAAGUCGCAUAUGAAGCGCGCUAGUGCUACUGACUUACUAGAGCCUAAGAAACGCAGCUCCUUCUUACACCUUAGGAAGCCUAGCGCUCUAAGCCGGCAUUCCGAUUCCCGGGAGGAGCGGCGUAAUACUAUCGCCGGAGGUACGAAGGCGGGUAGCAUUCCAGGUAACGGACCAGAACAGGAUGAGGAAAGACAACGGUUGUCUGGCUCUAUUGACGGCCGAGCGGUACCCGAGCACGAAGGAGAAGAUGAAGAAAGCGAAGGGGAAGAGGCAGUCUAUAAUGGCCCGCCCACGACGUUAUUGGCUGAAUUGCAAAUUCGAAAACAACAACAAAAGCUCCGUACCCGACCAGUUGCUUCUGCUUAUCCGAAUGGUCUACACUCUACGCUCCUAGAGAUGGAUGCGGUCGCCCAAGUUGAGCACGACGCCCGCAAAGGCAAGAAGAUAAACCUUGCUUGGGAAGACCCCAAUGCGGGUCCUGUCGAUAAUUCGGAAGACGAAGAUACGCCGCUAGGUUUGCUCAUGGCUGCUAAGGGGCAAAACAACGAUAUGAUCGCCGCCAUUGCUGAAGUAAACCGACCGCCUGGUCUAAUGGAACGACGUGAUAUGGAAGACAAUGAACCGCUAAGCCGGCGCCGGGAUCGUCUCCAAGGAAGGGAGGUUGGCCCAAUGAAGCGGCAGAGCAUGAUGACACUUGGCCAGAACUUUCAAAAUAUGAACGGUAGCCUAAGGGCUCCAAGUCCGCAACUCCGUGUACAUACCCCUGAGGAAGAAGAGGUUGAAGGUGAAACCCUCGGGGAACGCAUGCGCCGCCUCAAGGCCCGCGAACAAAAUUCUUUACCUCAGGCUAGGCCAGUCAGCUCCGCAUUUUCAGCCGAGCUUCUUAGCCAGUUAGGCGACACAUUCAAAGAGGACGAAAGCGAAAGCAAGAGCCAAGGUAAACCAAAGGCCCCGGCCAAAGAAGAGGAAGAGACCUUGGGACAGCGUCGACGUCGGUUACAAGCAGAACGUGAAGCCCGCGAGCGCGCAAUGACUAGUAAUAUGCUUACUGGUGUAACGCCCGAAGUGGCCACAUCGAAACUCACGAAACGCCAUUCUCUAGCUGAUGUGCUUGGCGCGGGUGGAUCGAAAACUGUUCUAAGGGAUCCCAGGGCGGACGCGGCAAGAGCAAGGCAGGAGGAAGCAGCUCGCUACCAACAAGAUCAAGAUCGUAAGCUAGCGGCACUUCGCAGUCAGAUGCCUUCCAGUCUUAGUACACCGAAUUUAAACCUACCUGGAGGCUAUAUGGCCGGUCGAUUCAAUGAUGGUACUGGCGGGGGCGUCGGUCAUCCACGGACGACGACGGCUAUGAACGGAUAUGCUGGUCAGGGUACGGGAAUGAGUACUGCCAUGCUUAAUCAUGGACGAAUGAAUAGCGGAAUGAUGGGAAAUGCUUAUCCUACCGGACCAACUAUGGGAAGCCCGAUGCCUCCGUACGGCACACCAAAUGGAUACGGUACCCAAGCACCCGGUCAAAUGGACAGAGUAGAACGAUGGAGGCAGAGCGUUCUACCUUAAGGUCCCCCUUUU